AUGUCCUGCGAUAACUCCGUCACAGAACUGAAAAGCACAUGGGCGGAUGGUGAUGAAGGCGAUGGUCUCGCCAACAUCGGCGAGAAGGUCAGCCAUGCCUGUACCAUCAAGAACGACGGCACGACCUCGCUCGUAAGCUUCUGCAUCACGAGUUCCAGCUUCAACGAAGGCUGCCAAGCGUGUUCAGAGGCCGACGCGCUGUCCCCCGGGGCGAACUUCACGUGCACAAUUGACACCGAGGUGCAACAGACGGACAUCGAUGCGGGGCAAAUGGUGACCACAGUGGAUAUUUCUUCCGUGGACUCGCAAGAGGGUGACGCCACGGUCUCCAACGCAACUCUGGUGUCCCUCACUAACACCAAUGUGCUUGCAAUCGAGGCGACGGGGUCCUACACUGGGAGCAAUCUUGCAGCUGGCUUGGGUGACACCGUUUCAUACGAGUAUUCCAUCUCCAACGACGGCACAACUACGAUGUCAAGGCUGACUGUCGAAGACACCGCGGAGGACAUCAACGCGGGGUACGUGCACAACACGGUCAUUCUCGAAGGUUGGUCGCCUUCGCCCGGUGCGGUGAAGGUUGCCACUAAAGACGCCGAGACGGUUACGGUGCCAAGGCAAAUGAACAUCUCCUUGGAAAGCACGUUGUUGUCGAUGUCCAAGUCCGAAGGACUCGACUCUGCCUACAGCGACGAGGGAGACUCUGCGACAUUCCAAGUAACCAUCGCCAACACGGGAAAUGCCGUGCUGAGCUCCGUCAAACCAACCAACUGGAUUGUCGGCUCGGAGGCCUUCAACUGCGACCAAGAUGUUUCGGCGGCCGAUAGCGAGUUCUUGCCAAGCUCCCACCCUUCCGGCGCGCCGCUUGUGUGCGAGGUUACGGUGCCUCUCACAGCGUCGUAUAUUGACGCUGGGGGCUUCAAUAGUACAUCUGAGGUGACGGCCGUUGAUCCAGACAACAGACCUGUCCGCGACCAACAAACAACCUGGGCAACGGUGACUCAGCUUGCCAGCAUUAGCAUUGAAACGACCGGAGCUUGGGUGGAUGAAAACGGAAACGGCCGUCCAGAUGCCGGAGAGGCCGUCGACUUAAGCGUGGUCGUGGCCAACAAGGGAACCGUGACGCUCGUCUCUCUUAGUAUCGCAGAUUCUUUAGACUCCGCAGGAUGCGCCGUGUCAGAGACCUUCUCGCUAGAGCAAGGCCAGCAGCACGAGUGUGUGCCUAUCCAACAGGUCACGCAGCAGGAUCUCAACGCCGGUGUCGUCAACUUCACGGCAUCGGUGACCGGUACCGCGGUGAACAACCAACCCAUGAGCAGGUCCUUCGUGUGGGCCGAGAACCUUACACCGGAUCCCUCUAUCGAAAUAGGCAUGACCGCUACGUGGGAAGACAGUGGCGAGUCGGGCAUGACCGACUACGCCGACAAAGACGAGCUCGUGGUUUACGUGGUGACGGUGACAAACACGGGCAAUGUGGACUUGAGCAACACCGGUGUGUCGCACCCCGGGGUUUCCUACGAAUGUCCUACCGUCGCAACGCUUGGGCCUGGCGAAAAAUUCUCGUGCGCCGGGAAGUACACGCUGUCCUGGGUCGACAUCGAUGCAGGAAUCCUGGACAUAGCAGCCACAGCUAAAGGAACACCUCCGUCGGGGCAACCAAUCACCAAGAUCGGGACUGCUCCUGUCACACUCAAGAAACCCCCUUCCGUCGACAUAGCUGACGGUGAAUCUAAGAUUGUCUGCACUCAAGACUUCACCGUGUUCAAGAACGAGGUCACCAUCACCGAUGAUCUCGUUGUAGACGCGGAAAUUUCGUGCAGCUACAUCCACGUCUUGACUGCCGAUGAUGUCAACGAACUCGAGAGGAAGGCGAUUGUGACGGUCACGGCUAGGGAUGAGCACGACUACCAAGUGGAGUCCUCGUUCAGCGAGGUGGUCUCUCUCUCUCAGAUCAACGACGGAGUGCAACUGGCAAGCAUUCAAGUCCAGGCAUGGCAUGAAAGUGAAGCCGGCGUACUGAACGGCGAGGUCUUCAGUAACGCGACUGUGACAACGAAGCUGACACCGGACCCAGGGUGGGCCAUCGAAAUGACGGCAGAACACGUCCCGGCUGAUCAGACGGAGGGAUUGGCCGCAGUUGGGGAAAGUAUCCUAUUCGGCGUUCAGUCCACCAACACAGGAAACGUGGAUGUAGCACGGGUCACCAUGCUGGACACGGCCGGUAGGUUGAGCAGUACGUGGCAAUCCACAGAGAACCUGAAGAAACAGAGAGAGUAG